AUGGUGUUGCCAGCUCGAGCCUCGGCAACCGAGGCACGCUCUGCUCCUGACGCUCGCUCCUGCCCUGAGGCGGCAGGCCCCUUGCUCCUCCGGAAGCCCUACUUUGGCAGCCAGUGGCUGAGCCAUGGCUGUCUGAAAGUUCCAACUCUUUCCCAGCUCCCCUAUGGCAAAGCCCUCUACAGUUACGAGGGGAAAGAGCCUGGGGACCUCAAGUUCAACAAGGGCGACGUCAUCCUCCUGCGGCGCAGGGUGGACGAGCACUGGUACCACGGGGAGUUGCAGGGGGCGCGCGGCUUCCUGCCCGCCAGCUACAUCCAGUGCGUGCGGCCCUGGCCACAGGCCCUGCCCCAGGGCAAAGCGCUCUAUGACUUUGAGAUGAAGGACAGAGACCAGGACAAGGACUGUCUGACCUUCACCAAGGACGAAGUCCUGACCGUGAUCAGAAGAGUGGAUGACAACUGGGCAGAAGGAAUGCUGGGGGACAAGAUUGGGAUUUUCCCUCUCCUGUACGUGGAGGGCUGCGGCCUGUGCCGUGCCCAGCCCCACACCAUCGCCUGUGGAGCCCUGGUGCAGCCACAGCACUGCCUCAGAUGCUCGGAAACAGACUUCUAG